GGACCGAGAGGGUGGGUGACGAGGAGCAUCAGCGAGCUCGUUAAGGAGAGGAGAGAAAGAUCAUUUCUAUGACACGCAGUGAGAGAGCGAUCGAUAGCUGAUGAGAGCGUCGUCGGAAUAGGCAUUGAAUUUCAUUUCUCGAUGAACAGACAAAACGGCCACGAGUGAGAUUAUCUGCGUGGAAGUAGAGAUCUUUGCGAAAUAAACAGAGAAACAAGAAGAGAGCGAGAGCGAGAGAGACGAAGAGAAGGGCGAGAAGAGGGCGAAGCGUCUCUUAGGUGGGGGUUGGUCGAGUAAAAGAGGGAGGCUCUUUUCGAGGGAGGAAGGGAGAGCUGCAAGUUGAGUGUGGUAAUUCGAAAAAUAAGUCUCCGCGGGCGACAAGCACACUUGACCGAAGCACACUCGAAUCGGAAGGGCCGAGCACUCGGGAAUAACAAUUAAUAACGCCAGUCGGCCUACUGACGAUCCUCUGGCUGUUUGAGGGCCGCCAGGGAUUAUGUGAACACGGAAGGCGCCUAGCAUUCGUCGACCGAUCUUUCGUUCCAACGUGUCGACGGAGAAACGGGAAUGACGUGAAGAAAUUCGACGUAAAAUCUUUCGAUUUUUGUUGACAAAUUUAUACGAGUGAGAGAGAGCCAAGUUUAUUGUGAAGGAAAGACAAGAUAGUGAACUUACACGGUGAGAAUUCGGCGUGACAUGUGACGCUUUCUCGUGUGUGAACAAUCGACGAUAGUUACAAUUAUGAGGAAGAAGAUCGAAGAAAAAGAGAAAAAAGUCUGAAGAGAAAGGAGAUAUCGAGUGCAUAAAAAGAACGGUUUCAAAAAGACAGCUCUCAUUGUGAUUGUCACGAGGUAGAGAACGCAGUGGUGAAGUACAAAGUGAUGGAGGACGACAAGCGCAGCGAAGCCUCGCCGAAACCCUUUCAACCGACUCCUUUCAGUAUCGCUGACAUCUUGAGCCGGAGAAACUCUUGCGCGGAUUCGAGGAGAUGUGACUUGGAGAAAAUCCAGGUCGCUGUCUCCACGCCGAUGAGAAGACAUAAUCGCGAGUACGAGCGCGUGGAGAACGAACAACUUGACGGGAGCUACGACCAUGAUCAGGUGAUUCAUUAUCCGAGAUUGCCUACCCCGGAGUUGAGCAUGGCGCACGAGCUGGAUAUCCUGAGGAGGAACCUGGCGCAAGCGAAUUUAUCAAAUUUCGGAGGCAUCCCGCACUUAACCCAGGGAACCUUCAAGAAUCACUUCGAGACUCUGGGAAAUCUGACGGCGUAUCAGCCUGUUAAAGAGCCGAUAGAGACUUCUCACAGGCAGCAAGAUGAAGCCUUGGAUAUGAGUAAAAAUAAAUAUCUAGACGAGGCGGAGGAUGACGCGUACGAAUCGCAAAAUUCAAGCCAAAGUUUGCAGAACAGAAAGAAGCGCAGUAGGGCAGCAUUCUCGCACGCGCAAGUCUACGAAUUGGAAAGAAGAUUUGCUGCUCAAAAAUACCUGUCGGGUCCGGAAAGGGCUGAUUUGGCACGUGGCUUAAAAUUGACGGAGACGCAAGUCAAGAUCUGGUUUCAGAAUCGACGGUACAAGACCAAGCGGCGCCAACAGCAAGAAUUGGGCGCCCUCGUAAACUCUGGAAGCGCCAGGCGCGUGGCUGUACGCGUUCUCGUACAUCCGGACGAGCAUCUGAGGGGAUUGCCUCUUCGUGGUUCCGGACAACUUCCCGGGCAAAUGUCGAGCCCGCAAAUUCAUCCCGCGAACAAAGCGCUCGGCGGUUUCCCGUAUUAUUGUCUGCCGUAUCACCCGCUACUCUGCCCGCCCUUACAUACCACUCAUGUUCAGGUACAAAGCCCGAUCACACCCGAUUUCGAUCCGAAUCAAAUCUCGAAAAUCAAGGACGAGAAGUGAACGAUAGACUGCUCUUGAAGUACCGACUACUGUUCCAUGUCUAAACGAAGAUGAUGGUACUUCAGGGAAAAAAAAUGCAAAAUAUUAUCAUUUAUAGAGAAUGAUAAUACUUUUUAGAUAGAUACAUUAUGAAGAGUGUUGAAAAGAAUGUUCUGGAAAAUUUAUGAUGAGUGUUUUGUCCUGGAAAUGAAUUGAAGGACUUAGAUUGGAACAACAGUAUGCCUAACUA